GUCGCAGAACAACAAUUUAAACAAGUAGUGGCAGUGGCCAUAGACAGGGACAAAGGAAGUGAAUAUGCAAUCAAAUGGGUCAUUGAUAGUUUCUUAACCAGGGGCCAAGCUCUCACGUUGGUCCAUGUUAGACAUCCAAUUCCUGGCCAAUAUGCGCCGGCGGAGAAUCAGAAGGAUCCCAAAUCACAUGAGUUUUUCCUUCCAUUUCGUUCUUUUUGCGCGAAAAAGAAUAUGAAAUGCACCGAAAUUGUACUCGAGGACAAUGACAUACCAAAUGCAUUGAUCAAGUAUGUCAAAGCUAAUUCAAUUGAGAUUUUGGUACUUGGUGUUCCAACAAGAGGUGGCAUUUUCAGAUUCAAACUUACAGAUGUUCCAAGCAAUGUCAUUAAAAUGACGCCAGACUUUUGCUCGGUUUAUGUCAUCACCAAAGGGAAAAUCUCAUACAUGCGAAGCUCCACUGUAGCACCGCCACCGCCUCCUCCGCGUAGUAAUCAUCAAAUGCAGCACCAUCCCAGCAAGGUUUCUGAACCAAGUGAUUCACAAUCCAUUCGCACCGAGAGACCUAACAGCGGAGGUGUGCUUAGGAUGCUUUAUCAAUCGGGAAGCCAACAUUUUGAUGAGAUCAGGUCACCGUUCACAAGAAGAAGACCUUCGAUGGACAGAUCAUAUGACCUCUCACCAGAUAUUGACAUAUCGUUUGUGAGUGGUGGAAGACCAAGUGUGGAUCGCAUGUAUCCUUCUUUCUUAGAUAGCUUGGAUUCAAGGAGGAAUUCUCGACAUUUGAUUAGCGCAGAAUCGGAAAACAGAAGCUCUUUGUCAUCCAACCUGGCAAGCAAGCAUCUUAUGGAAAUCACCUAUCCAAAACCUGAAUUUUCAUCAUCCUCAGUUAAUGGAGGAAAUUCUUGGUUAUCACAAAUUAAUAAUAAUAAUACUUUGGAAGAUGUGGAGCUUGAGAUGAGGCAUCUCAGGCUAGAGCUCAAGCAAACAAUGGAGAUGUACAAUACAGCGUGCAAGGAAGCACUAAUGGCAAAAAAUAAGGAAAAUGAACUAAUUAACCGGUGCAAAAUGGAAGAGGGACAAAGAUUAGAAGACUUGCGAGUAGCUGAGGAAGCUACAUUGGCGCUUGUAGAAAGGGAGAAAGUGAGAUGCAAGGCAGCGGUUGAAGCAGCUGCAGCAUCUCAAAGGCUUGUGGAAUUGGAAGCACAAAAGAGGAGAAAUGCAGAACUGAAAGCCCGUAAUGAAUUUAAAGAGAGGAAGGAGUCAUAUGGAGCAAGGUCAUAUGACGUUAGGUACAGGAAGUACACAUUUGUGGAGAUUGAAGUGGCAACAAGUAACUUUUCUCAAGCUCGCAAGAUUGGGGAAGGAGGUUAUGGGCCAGUAUACAGAGGUGAACUAGAUCACACACCAGUUGCUAUAAAAGUUCUACGUUCAAAUGCAGCUCAAGGACGAUCACAGUUCCAGCAAGAGAUUGAAGUAUUGAGCUGCAUACGACAUCCAAACAUGGUUCUACUUCUUGGAGCUUGUCCAGAGUUUGGUUGCUUAGUCUAUGAGUACAUGGGCAAUGGGAGCUUGGAGGAUCGUCUAUUUCGCCGAGGUAACACUCCUGUUAUCCCUUGGCAGCUAAGGUUUCGAAUAGCUGCAGAAAUUGCAACGGGGCUCUUAUUCCUUCAUCAAGCUAAGCCAGAACCCCUCGUGCAUCGUGACCUAAAACCCAGCAACAUAUUGCUAGACAAUAACUAUGUGAGCAAGAUCAGUGAUGUAGGUCUGGCUAGACUUUUGCCUUCAUCAGUAACGGAUGCUGUCACUCAGUACCACAUGACAUCAACGGCUGGAACAUUUUGCUACAUCGAUCCAGAGUAUCAGCAAACAGGCAUGCUUGGAACUAAAUCUGAUAUCUACUCACUUGGUGUGUUGCUUCUACAAAUCAUUACAGCCAAGCCACCAAUUGGAUUGACUCAUCACGUAGAGCGAGCCCUCGAGGAGGGAAGAAUCAAUGAGAUGCUUGAUCCUGCUGUUCCUGAUUGGCCAGUUGGGGAAACCUUAAAAUUUGCAAGGCUUUCUUUACAGUGUGCUGAAAUGAGGAAAAAAGACCGACCGGAUCUUGGGAAGGUUAUACUGCCUGAGCUUAACAGACUAAGAGCCAUCGCUGAAGAUAGCUUGCAAUGUGUUAUGUUUGGAGGAGGUGGAUCAGUACUCUCACCAAAUCCAAACUCGAAUUCUACCUCACAAGAUGUCAUCAGUCGACCACAAUCUGGAUAUGAUAGCUCGAGGAGUCGUACUUCAAGCAUAUCAUCGCAUCCUGGAAGAAUUAGAUGA